GGAGAGGACAGGGUAGUGAGGGACUGGAGAAGGAGAAUUAGACAGCGCUACAUAUCUGUCUGGCACCCAACCCUGUUUUGAUGCCUUUGAGCAUAUAACAUGGAGCACCACACUGUUGACCGAACCAUCCAUUUGAAUGAUGGCACUCGCAUGCCCCUGCUGGGUCUGGGAACGUGGAAGGCCAUUGCUGCAGUGGGACAGCCAACAAUUGAGGCUGCCAUUGCCGCAGGAUACCGGCACAUAGAUACAGCGCACUGCUACCGCAAUGAAGUGGAACUGGGCCGGGCUGUCCAUGCCAAGAUCAAGCAGGGCAUCAUCUGCAGGAAGGACAUGUUCAUCGUCAGCAAGUUGUGGUGUACCUACCAUGCCGCCUCAGAUGUGCAGCUGUGUCUCAGCCAGUCCCUGAGAGACCUGCAGCUGGCAUACCUAGACCUGUACCUGAUACACUUCCCUGUGGCCCUAAAGAGAGUAGAGGAUGAGCUCUUUCCCAUGAAAGAUGGUCAACUUCUCACCACAGAUAUUGACUAUGUGGAUGUGUGGAAGAAAAUGGAGGCUCUGAAGGCCUCUGGCCAAGUGAAGAGUAUCGGCGUCUCAAAUUUCAAUAUCACUCAGCUUGAGAGGCUGUUGUCUGUAGCCAAGGUUCCUCCAGCUGUCAACCAGGUGGAGCUCCACCCCUACUUGGUCCAGUCCGAUCUGAUUCGGUUCUGUCAGGACCGGAACAUCGCCCUCACCGCCUACAGCCCUUUUGGGUCCCCCAGGAGACCCCAGGAGCUCCACUGUGGGGACACUGACCCAGAGAACCUUCUGGAAGAUCCUGUUGUCCAGAGCAUUGCCAAAAAGUACAAACGGAGCCCUGCACAGGCAGAUGUGUGCAUUUCAGGUGCUGCUGAGAUAUCAUGUACAGCAAGGUAUAUCAGUGAUCCCCCGAAGCAUCAAACCCAACCACAUCCUGGAGAACACCAAGAUUUUUGACUUCUCUCUGCAUGAGGAGGACUUCAGAGCACUUCAGGGCCUGGACCGUGGAUGGAAAUCCUUUACCCUUGACUCGUAGGACUGCGUUACACACACCCUUCUGCUCUCUCUCUCCUGCUAACACACACAUGCAUACACACACACACCCUUCUGCCCUCUCUCCUGCUAACACACACCCCACCCUUCUGCUUUCUCCCUCUUGCUAACACACACACACUUCUGCUUUCUCUCUCUUGCGAACACGCACGCAAUUUGUACUGAAUUCACUGUCUGCCCACAGGCUGAAAUCUCACCCCUACUACCCUUUCUGAAACUGGGAGCAAGCCCCAGGGGUAGCGGAGAACCUGGACCCGAAAAGUAAUCAUCGCACUUCUGCUUCAUUCAGUUCACUCAUCCGUGUGUCCCUGUAGGGCCCAUAACACAUUUUAUUAAAACCAAGCUCCAGCCAUCUGUGUUCAAUCUCCCUUUCUGUCUGAGGUGCACACACACACAGCAGCAGCAAUCUGUA